GGCUGGACGGUUUGGUACCAUGUGGGAGCUGCCGUGAAGAGUUGUCGGCUCCUAAGUCCUCCCUUAAUUCCGAGCUCCGGGUGACGAGGAGCACCGAGCCGCUCGGUGUGGCCGCGGACUGGGGCGCUCUACCGAGAGAGGGUGAGGCGCCCGCGGGUGGUCCGGGUGUCUGCUGAGUGGGAGAACCCGUGGGGCGGCCACGCUCUUGGACCUUCCUAGAGACCCUCUCACGGUGGGUGUUUCUCAGCCUGUGCCUUUAGAAAUCCGCUGGCGUGAAAGAUGACGUCCUUAGCCCAGCAGCUGCAGCGACUCGCCCUCCCCCAAACUGAUCCCAGCCUCUUAUCGAGACAUGAAGUUGCUUCUCUGCUGUUUGACCCCAAGGAAGCGGCCACCAUCGACAGGGACACCGCCUUUGCCAUCGGAUGCACUGGACUUGAAGAGUUGCUUGGAAUUGAUCCUUCCUUUGAGCAGUUUGAAGCACUGUUGUUCAGCCAGCUAGCAAAAACCUUGGAGCGCAGCGUUCAGACCAAAGCAGUGAACAAAAAGCUGGAUGAAAACCUAUCAUUAUUCCUUAUUCACUUAUCACCUUACUUCCUGCUUAAGCCAGCACAGAAAUGUCUGGAGUGGUUGAUUCACAGGUUUCAUAUCCAUCUUUAUAAUCAAGAUAGUCUCAUUGCUUGUGUUCUGCCAUACCAUGAGACAAGAAUAUUUGUGCGGGUUAUACAGCUUCUAAAAAUUAAUAAUUCAAAGCACAAAUGGUUCUGGUUGUUGCCAGUUAAGCAAUCUGGAGUGCCCUUAGCUAAAGGAACUUUGAUUACCCACUGCUACAAAGAUCUUGGAUUCAUGGAUUUCAUUUGUAGUCUGGUGAAGAAAUCUGUGAAGGUUUUUGCUGAGUAUCCAGGAAGCUCGGCUCAGUUGCGGGUGCUCUUGGCUUUCUAUGCUGCUACCAUCGUGUCUGCUCUAGGGGCUGCCGAGCACAUAUCGGACAACAUAGUCGCCAAACUGUUUCCAUACAUCCAGAAGGGAUUGAAAUCGUCUUUGCCAGAUUACAGAGCUGCAACGUACAUGAUAAUAUGUCAGAUUUCUGUGAAAGUGACAAUGGAAGAUACCGUUGUUAAUUCAUUGGCAUCACAGAUCAUCAAAACAUUGACCAAGAUUCCCUCUUUGAUCAAGGAAGGAUUAGGUUGCUUGAUAGUGCUCCUGCAGAGACAGAAGCCAGAGAGCCUUGGGAAAAAGCCGUUUACUCACCUGUGUGAUGUUCCCGAUCUUAUUACAAUACUUCACGGCAUUUCUGAGACAUAUGACGUCAGUCCUCUUCUGCGUUACAUGCUUCCCCGUCUGGUUGCUGCCGUCAUUCAUCACGUGUCAGGAGAAGAAACCGAAGGGAUGGAUGGUCAAAUCUACAAGAAACACUUGGAAGAUGUACUCACAAAAAUACCACUGAAGAGCAGCUUGGACCGCUUGUUGGCGAGCCUUCUUUUUGAAAAGUAUAUUUCAUGUACUUCACAGGAAGAAAUUGAUUCUGAUAAAGUAUCUUUACUUAAUGAACAGUUUCUUCCACUCAUCAGACUUUUAGAAAGCAAAUACCCCAGAACAUUAGAUCUUGUAUUAGAGGAACACCUAAAAGAAAUUACAGAUCUAAAACAGCAAGAACUUUUUCACCAGUUUAUUUCUCUUUCUACAAGUGGUGGAAAGUAUCAGUUUUUAGCAGAUUCUGAUACCUCUUUGAUGCUCAGUCUGAAUCAUCCACUUGCUCCCGUGAGACUUCUGGCCGUUAAUCAUCUGAAAAAUAUGAAAACAUCAAAGGAGGGUAUUGAUGAGUCUUUCAUAAAAGAAGCUAUUUUGACCCGAUUAGGUGAUGAUAAUGUAGACGUCAUUUUGUCAGCUCUAAGUGCUUUUCAGAUUUUUAAACAGCACUUUAGUUCAGAAGUGACUAUUUCAAAUCUUCUGAAUCUCUUUCAAAGAGAAGAGUUUUCAAAGAAUAGAAAAUGGUACAAGGUACUUGAGAUAGCAGCAGACAUAUUAAUUAAAGAAGAAAUACUGAGUGAAAACGAUCAGUUAUCAAAUCAGGUGGUUGCACAUUUGCUGCCGUUUAUGGUCAUCAGUAAUGAUGAUAUGCAAUCUGCUGAGAUGAAAAUUGCUAUACAUUUAUCAAAAUCAGGAAUUUGCUCUCUGCACCCUCUAUUAAGAGGCUGGAAAGAAGCUCUUGAGAAUGUGAUUAAAAGCACAAAGUCAGGACAACUAAUUGGUGUAGCAAACCAGAAGAUGAUCGAGGUGUUGGCCGGCAAUAUAAAUUCAGGAGAUCCUUCUUCCGUGUUAAAGAUGGUGGAGGAUUUAAUAAGCAUUGCUGAAAAGGAGUCCUUUAGCCUGAAGCAGAAAGUGACAUUUCACGUGAUCGUGUCUGUGCUCGUCUCUUGCUGUUCAUCUUUAAAAGAAACUCAUUUUCCGUUUGCAAUAAGAGUCUUCAGUUUGUUGCAGAAAAAAGUAAAGAAGCUCGAAAGUGUUAUGACUGCAGUGGAAAUCCCCUUGGAAUGGCACUUUGAACUGAUGGUCGACAGAGGGAUACCAGUGGAGCUCUGGGCGCAUUACAUAGAACAGCUCAACAGUGCCCAGAGGGUUGCUGUGGAGGACUCAGUUUUACUUGUAUUUUCCUUGAAAAAUUUUAUUUAUGCACUGAAGGCUCCUAAAUCUUUUCCUAAAGAUGGUACAUGGUGGAAUCCUGAACAGCUGGAAGAAGACAGCAGAGACUACCUGCGCUUGCUUAUUGGGCUCUUUGAGUUACUACUCGGGGGUGUUGAUACCGUUCAUUUCAAGGUUCUGAUGAAACUUUUUCUAAAGGUACAUCUAGAAGAUGUUUUUCAGUUAUUCAAGUUCUUUUCUGUUUUAUGGACCUAUGGUUCCAGCCUUUCAAAUCCACUUAACUGCGCUGUGAAGACAGCGCUGCAGACUCAAGCUCUUUAUGUAGGCUGUGCAAUGCUCUCUUCGCAGACGACAGAGCGUAAACGACAGCUGGCAUCCAUAUCUUCUCCAGUGGUGACAUCUCUACUCAUUAAUCUGGGAAACCCGAUAAAAGAAGUUCGUAGGGCUGCCAUUCAAUGUCUCCAGGCCCUCAGUGGAGUAGUGUCCCAUUUUCAUCUGGUAAUAGGUCAUUUGGUUCCUAAAGCAGAGGAGAUCACCUCAGAUGCCACCUAUGUAGUUCAGGAUUUGUCUGCUUUAUUUGAGGAACUACGGAGAGAAAAGAAACCAAAAUCUCAUCAGAACUUGUCUGAAACUUUGAAAACCCUACUUUAUUGUGUAUAUAGUUGCCCAUCUUAUAUUGCUAAAGAUUUGAUGAACAUACUUCAGGAAGUCAGUGGUGAGGUGGUGCUUUCUCAGCUAUUGCCUAUGGCUGAACAACUACUAAAAAAGAUCCAGAAGGAGCCCACAGCUGUCCUGAAAGAUGAGGCCAUUCUUUUGCAUCUCACUCUGGGAAAAUAUAAUGAAUAUUCAGCUUCCCUUUUACAUAAGGACCCGAAGUGUCUAGAUAUAUUAAUAAGAGCUGUGCACACAACAAAGGAACUUUACACAGGAAUGCCAACCACUCAGAUCACAGCCCUCGAAAAGAUUACGAAAGCAUUUUUUGCAGCUGUAGCAGAUGAAAAAGUUCAGCAGAAGCUUUUGCAAAUAUUGUUUGAUUUAUUGGUGAACUGUAAAAACUCACAUUGUGCUCAGACUGUUAGCAGUGUUUUUAAAGGGAUUUCCGUUAAUGCUGAGCAAGUCAGAGUAGAACUAGAGCCACCGGAUAAAGCUAAAUCCUUGGGCACAGUUCAGCAAACAAGAAGGCAGAAGAUGCAGCAGAAAAAAUCACAAGAUCAAGAAUCUGUUCAGGAAGUUGGAGGGUCUUACUGGCAAAGAGUAACCCUCAUCCUAGAAUUACUGCAGCAUAAGAAAAAACUCAAAAGUCCUCAGAUAUUGAUACCAACUCUUUUUAACUUGCUAUCAAGGUGUUUAGAACCUUUGCCACGAGAGCAAGGAAAUAUGGAAUACACCAAACAGUUAAUUCUUAGUUGUCUGCUCAAUAUCUGCCAAAAACUCUCUCCAGAUGGUGGCAAAAUACCCAAAGAUAUCCUAGACGAGGAGAAGUUCAACGUGGAAUUGAUAGUUCAGUGCAUUCGCCUUUCAGAGAUGCCCCAGACACAUCACCAUGCGCUUUUACUUUUGGGUACUGUUGCUGGAAUAUUUCCAGAUAAAGUUCUACAUAAUAUUAUGUCUAUUUUUACAUUUAUGGGAGCCAGUGUCAUGCGCCUGGAUGAUACUUACAGUUUUCAAGUUAUUAACAAGACAGUGAAAAUGGUUAUUCCAGCCCUUAUUCAGUCUGGUAACGGAGACUCUGUAGAAGUCACAAGAAAUGUGGAAGAAAUUGUCGUCAAAAUCAUUAAUGUGUUUGUGGAUGCACUACCGCAUGUGCCAGAGCACAGGCGCCUGCCCGUCCUCUUUCAGCUGGUUGAUACACUGGGUGCAGAGAAGUUCCUCUGGGUUCUCCUCAUCUUGCUUUUUGAGCAGUACGUCACUAAAACAGUGCUGGUGGCCGCCUGCGGAGAAAAGGAUGCUAUUUUAGAGGCGGACACUGAAUUUUGGGUUUCAGUCUGUUGUGAAUUUAGCGUCCAGCAUCAGAUUCAAAGCUUGAUGAACAUCCUGCAGUACUUAAUAAAGCUGCCGGAGGAAAAAGAAGAACCCAUUCCCAAAACAGUGUCUAGUAAGAGUGAACCCCAAGAAGAAAUGCUACAGAUUUUUAAUGUAGACACUCACACUAGCAAGCAGCUGCGGCAUUUUAAAUUUUUGUCAGUGUCCUUCAUGUCCCAGCUCCUGGCUUCCAAUAAUUUUCUCAAAAAGGUAAUUGACGGUGGUGGUCCGCAGAUUUUAAAAGGCCUUGAGCAGAGGUUGCUGGAAACUAUUCUUGGCUAUAUUAAUGCCGUAGCACAGUCCUUGGAAAAAAAUGCAGACAAACUGACUGUGAAGUUCUGGCGAGCACUCCUCAGUAAAGCCUAUGACGUGUUAGAUAAGGUCAACGCCUUGCUGCCAACAGAGACAUUUAUCCCCGUGAUCAGGGGACUGGUGUGCAACCCCCUCCCGUCCGUUCGCCGGAAAGCACUGGAUCUUCUGAAUAACAAGCUGCAGCAGAACGCACACUGGAAGGAGAAAACUGUUUAUCGUUUCCUAAAACUGGUCCCGGUCCUUUUGGCCAUUGUGCAAGGAGGAAAGGAGGCAGAAGAAGAACAAGCAAUAAACAGACAGAUGGCUUUGUAUACCCUAAAACUUCUGUGCAAGAAUUUCGGUGCAGGACAUCCGGAGCCCUUUGUCCCUGUGUUGGACGCUGCAGUGAACCUGAUCAGUCCAGAAAGGAGGGAAGAGAGGAACGUCUUGGGAAGUGCCCUGCUCUGCGUAGCAGAGGUGGCCUCAACCCUGGAGGCGCUGGCCAUCCCUCAGCUUCCCAGACUGAUGCCCUCGCUGCUGGCAACCCUGAGGAACACCAGCGCGCUGGUCUCCAGCGAGGUCUACCUGCUCAGCGCCUUGGCUGCCCUGCACAAGGUGGUCGAGACUCUCCCGCACUUCAUCAGCCCCUACCUAGAAGGUGUUCUGUCUCAGGUGGUCUGUCUGGAGAGAGUCGCUAGUGAAACGGGCGCUGCCUCACAGGCCAGUGUUCGCCUCACGUCGCUUAAAAAGACGCUGGCUGCCACGCUGUCGCCCCGCGUCUUCCUGCCAGCUGUCAACAAAACCUAUGAGCACAUUGAGAAGAACUGGAAGAAUCACAUGGGCCCGUUUAUGAGCAUCCUGCAGGAGCACAUCGGGGUGAUGAAGAAGGAAGAGCUCGCCUCCCACCAGGCUCAGCUCACCGCGUUUUUCCUGAAGGCCCUGGACUUCCGAGCACAGCACUCUCGGAAUAAUCUGGAAGAAAUUGGGAAAACGGAAAACUUUAUCAUUGACUGUCUAGUAGCCAUGGUUGUAAAACUCUCAGAGGUCACAUUCAGACCCCUGUUCUUCAAGCUGUUCGAUUGGGCUAAAACAGAAGAUGCCCCAAAGGACAGACUGUUGACGUUUUACAACUUGGCGGAUUGCAUUGCUGGAAAACUGAAAGGGCUCUUUAGUCUGUUCGCUGGCCACCUAGUGAAGCCGUUUGCCGACACCUUGAACCAGGUGAACAUCUCCAAAACAGAUGAAGCAUUUUUUGACUGUGAAAAUGACACUGAAAAGUGCUGCUUGCUGCUACAAUUUAUUUUGAACUGUUUGUAUAAAAUCUUCCUCUUUGAUACCCAGCACUUCAUAAGUAAAGAGAGAGCAGAAGCCUUGAUGAUGCCUCUGGUGGAUCAGCUGGAAAACAGACUUGGAGGAGAAGAGAGUUUCCAGGAACGGGUGACAAAGCAGUUGAUCCCAUGCAUCGCACAGUUUUCAGUGGCCAUGGCAGAUGACUCGCUUUGGAAACCGCUGAACUACCAGAUUCUGCUGAAGACGAGAGACUCCUCCCCCAAGGUUCGAUUUGCUGCUUUGAUUACCGUGUUAGCACUGGCUGAAAAACUAAAGGAGAAUUAUAUUGUCUUGCUACCAGAAUCCAUUCCUUUCUUAGCAGAAUUGAUGGAAGAUGAAUGUGAAGAAGUAGAGCGUCAGUGCCAGAAGACAGUUCAGCAGCUGGAAGUGAUACUGGGAGAGCCACUCCAAAGCUACUUCUGACCUUUCCUCCUGGGACUUCAUACCUGGUUCAGAGUUCACAUUUGUUUUUCAUAUUUUUAUUUUUGGCUGUUUGGUGCCAUGUUACUUUUGGUGCCUUAACACCUAUUUGGACUUAUGAAUAUUUAAUCACUAGUUUAGAAAAUUCCCACACACCUAUUUGGACUUACGAAUAUUUAAACACUAGUUUAGAAAAUUCCCACCUGGUUUGUGCUACCACAUAAGCCUCUCCUGCCAACUGUAUAGAGCUGCAGAAAGAGUAAAUGAUACGUGGUGUUUA